AUGGUCUGGUCGCACCAUCGUUCACCCGACGGCGAUGGUGUGGAUUUGCUAGGUAAGACAAGAGGCGAGGAAGAUUCCGCUAUUGACUAAUCGCGCGGAUUUUUAGUACAACCUGGACACAAACUGUCGUCAAGGUCAACUAGGACCGACCUAAACUAAACUUAACAAGUUAAAAGUAGGAAAAGGAAUAGAAAAAGGGAAUAUCUUAAAAUAAUCUGUGUAAAAAAAUGAAAGAUCUAACAAAAUAGCUACCAUAGGUAUAUGAGCUUGAUGAUGAAUUGCCAGAGGUGAUUGUCCACCAAUCUGUCUAUGACUGGCCGACUGUAAAAGGGCUUCGUACUUAUCGACUCACCUUGGAUAAAUGGCGAUGCACGUGGGCCGGAGGGUUAACAACCACUACCUAUCCGUUUUUGUUGGUCAGGGUACAUUUUGCCUUAGGAAGAAGGAGACGCAGUCGAUGAUUGUCACUGAAACACAUCCUCAUAUACAGUCGCAGACAGUUCGACCGUCGUUUUUAACGAUGUCCACAGUGUGCUCCACAGUAAGACGAAGCAGGGACGGUGACUUGUGCGUGAAUUAGUUUAUAGUGAUAGGCGACUUGCACAGUAUCUACCACACUCUCUACUCCUUCCUCACCCGGACCCGGUGUCAAGACGGAGCCAGGUAGACUAGAGACGGGUGAGGGCGUAGGUUGAUGGCACGCUCGAGACCGCACCCUGGCACUCCACACUACACCCCGUGGUCCACACAGCAAAUGAUGAGGUUUCUAACCAGCAACAACAAUGGGGGGCGGCAGGGGUCCCAGUGUACGCUAAGUCUGCCGACAACCGGGUCUGCCACUACACCCCUAAGUAUUGGUAUUUUUAUUACGCGCAAUCCGAUGGCGCCUGCCACAAUUCGAUAUGGCCACCGUGUGGGUUCAGAGCAUUCGCCACGUGACCCGUUUGGGGGGAGGGGGGCAAACAGACGCAGAUAAGGAUUAGAUUAUGCCCUCAUGGUAGAUGCGUUGAACCGAGAAAGCGGCUAGCUCGGGGUCGGGCGGGCGUUAUUGUGAAUGCGCACCCAUAGGCGGCGCCAACGGUGGCGGUGUGGCGGCACGCCCGGGUGUGGGCUCGCGCCGCGCCACUUAGGAUCCAAGGCGCUCCCAAAAUCCUGCUCAGCCGUACGUUUUGGACCAGAGGAUGUAGUGGUACGCCUAGGUGCGGCUGUUCGCUGUGCCAACCAGUUGCACUCUGUCCUGUCUCCGGUCUUCUUGGCUAUGUCAUGACAUCAGGCCUAGAUUGGGAUCGCGAGGGAGUGAGGUGGGAGCAGUGCAAGUCCAUUAUCUCUAUGAACUAUCCCACGCUCAAGUCGCCGUUCAUGUCCCCAAGCUUCUGUCGAAAAAAAAACAGUCGAACCGUCACAUGCCUUCUCUCAGUGAGAAAGCCUCUAGUAUCAUCUUUCCCUCUCCACCCUAUGCCUCUUGCAAGGCAAUUUGAUAGCGGUGUGAGGUUUGCUUGCAUUCCCCAACUUAUUACCGAGUUUGCACGCAUAAGUGUGCCAAGAUGAGUUGGGGUUGGGUUAGGGGUUAGUGGUAGGUGUUAUUAUAUAGAGUUAGGAUUAGAUGUACUGUUAGGGUUACGGCUUAGGGCAAUUGUUCUUCAACUACUCAAAGUACAACCGCGCAUUCCCCAUAGAUUUUUUUGGAUAAAACUACUUGGCCUCGUUGCAUGUUCGUUCCCCCGUCCCACCUGUAAAAACCCCCAUUACCACCGAUCCCGUAUUACAGCUGGCUAGGGUUUGUUCACUUCAGGUGGAGCUGCAUAAUCACAUCUUACCGGAUGGUUAACAAAAACUACCUAACGGUUUUUAUUGGUCGGGGUACAAUCUGGUUUAUGAAGAUGGAAGAGCAAUGGAUGGAGCAAGAACUCUAUUCGGCUGACGUCCCGGAUUGCCACUGAAACACAUCGUCGCAUAUAGUCGUGGGUAAGGCUGAUGGAUGGGCGUAAUGUCGCCGCAACUGAUGCGCUGGGCCAAAGAGCUGGGCAGAUCGGGGUUCGACAGACGUUGAUGUGAACGCGCACCCGUAACAAUGUGGCGGGACCCCCUUGUGCAUGCGCAUGCAGCGCCAUUUUAUUAUUUUUUGCAAAAUUCUGGUCAACUGCGCAUCUUGGAUCAACGGUUGUAAUGGUACGUCUGGAUUCGUGGCCACAAGAAGUUCGCGCAAGAGGCGGUCUAGCGAUUAUGAUCAGUCCAUUCAAGUCCUUCGACGUGAUGAGCCCUGAAGUCUCACCAGUCAGGUGGUUUUACUUUCCGUGGGGGCAUUGCAAAUCCAUUAUCACUAUUAACUAUCCCACGCUCAAGUCGCCGUUCCUGUCCCCAAACACCUGCGAAUACCAGGCUUAAAAUCGUCGGAAAUCACAGUCGAACCGUCACAUGACCUCUCUCAGUGCGAAGGCUUCUAGUAUCAUAUUUCCUUCUCUACACUAUGCCUCUAGCAAGGCAAUUUGAUUGUCAGGUGAGGUUUACUUGCAUUCCCCAACUUCUUACCGAGUUUGCACGCGUAAGUGGGCCUAGAUGUGUUGGGUUGUGUUAGGGGUUAGUGAUAGGUGCUACGUUUAAGGGUUAGGAUUACAGAUAGAGUUAGGGUUAGGCUUUAGUGCAACUGUUUCUCAACUCCUCAAAGUACAACCGCGCAUUCUCAAUAGUUUUUAUUUUGGAUAAAACUACUUGGCCUCGUCGCCUGUGCGUUCCCUGGCCUCAUCUGUAAAAACCCCUAUUACCACCGGCACUGUGGCUGUGGUUUGUUCACUUCAGUUGAGGCCACAUAAUUACAAAAACAGUACAAAAACUACCCAGCGGUUUUUAUUGGUCGGGGUACAUUCCGGUUUGUUAAGAUGGAAGAGCAAUGGAUGGAGCAAGAAUUAUAUUCGGCUGACGUCCCGGAUUGUCACUGAAACACAUCGCCCCAUACAGUCGUAGAUAAGGCUGAUGCUCUGGGCAAAAGUGCUGGGUCGAUCGGGGUUCGACAGACGUUGGUGUGAAUGCCAACAGUGCAAGAGUGGCGACACGCCCUCGUGCAGGUCCGCGAAGCGCCAGGUGGGAUCAAAGUACCCGUCACUUUAUUAUUUUUUCUUGUUGUGUAAACUUCUGGUCAACUGCGCAUCUUGGACCAGAGGGUGUAAUGGUACGCCUGGAUGCGUGUUUUUGCUGCGCCACCACCUGCACCUUCCCAGCCUAGCAGAAUAAGACUAUUACUACUAUGAACUAACCGACGUUCAAGUCAUCGACAGCCAAACCGUCAAAGGUCUUCUUACAGUUCGAAUGCCUUUAGUAUCAUCUUUCGCUCUUCGCGCUUUGUCGCUAACAAGGAAAUUUGAUAGCCGGUUGCCCACUUUAUUAUUGAGUUUGCACUAUUUUGCUGCACCACGCGGAAGUAGGCCAAGUUGUGUAGGUGGGUGGGAGCGCGGCUGGAAUACAACUGCUACAAACGCUCUUCCUUUGGGCGCAUUUACUGGCAAGAUCAAACGGCCUCUUUAUGGCAGCAAUAUGGGACUGUUUUUGGCAGCCAUUCACCCGCCGCUCGCAUAGAAAGUAGUUCAGCGUGAGUAGUGGGACUUCAUAGUUCACCACGUCGAAGAACUUGGAUUGACUUACCAUAUACUACUAUAUUAGAAUCUGACACUGGAAUACACAGCAGAAUUUAUUGGGACUUCCGAAAUUGAUCCGGCCCUUAGUUUUUUUGGGCUUUCCUUCUCCUUCGUCAUACUGACCCCUUGUGAUUAUCUGUUUUUGAAGAAGGAGACACGAUGGCUGGGACAAGAGCUUUAUUAGCCUGACGUUUUGUAUUGCUGCUUAAAUCCAUCAUCAGAGAUAAAAGCUGAAAGGGAUUUGGUUUAUUUUUUUAAAAAAUGAGUAUUAUUCAAAUACUGCUAAGGCGUACUCCGUCUAUGCACUCCGGGGUGGCCCAUAGUGAGUCAUCUGACCCGACCGCAGUCCUCACCCACCUAUCUCACAUAGGGCGCAAGCCCUUGAAGGCAGGAAAGAAGGGAGUGUCAACGCCUGGGUGCGGUUUCUAGUGAUUUCUCAUUGAAGGUUAAAUCGUGCGCCUGGUUGGACUUCAGAGCUCACCACCCACACACUGACAAUUUUUCUGAGGGGGGUGGGCGUCCGAAUUUGAAAGACUGCUAACCUGACCUACAAUGCAUGGCCGAUCUCGUGAAAUGUUGGCUGAAAUUCUGAAAUGCGUUUUCGAUUAGGAAGGAUUACUUGGUUGCGGUUGUGAUACUGAUUAUCUUGUGGCAUAACCCUAUAACAUUUCGGACUCGGCAGGAUGUCGGCUUUUAAAUGCACUUCUUUUCAAUCUCCUGUAGAAAGCGUGCUCGGUAAAAAAUGACUACUUAAGUAGCAUGCAUUUUUCCCAUUGAUUUUCGAUGGUCUUGGAAAUUCAAAUAUAUUUUAUAGAAACCACAAACAAAAAUGUGCCUUCUUUUUUGUCAAUCAAUAGAGAAUCUUGUCUUCUUUAUAUUUUAUACUUAAGGAAGGAGUGUAAUUGGGUUUUUAAAAAGUUUCUAAUUGUGAGACUUCUUAAGACCGCGAAAUGUCCAUUCACAUAGAAUCGUACCUGUCCGUUUACCACUGCUCCUCUUGGAAUGAACAACAUGGUCCGCAUCCAUUGCAAACUUUUUUGGACUCUGUAUGAUAUCUCUUUAAUGGCAUAGAAAAAUAUGUGAUUUUCUUUGCGCGGAACGAAUGCACCUUGUAGAGUGAAAUCACUAAGCGAUAAUGCAACGAAUGUUCAGGCUCCAAAUUCUUCGACAAUUAGAAAACUUUUUUAAAACCUAAUUAUACUCUUCCCUUAAGUAUAAAAUAUAAAGAAGACGUGAUUCUCUAUUGGUUGACUAAAAGAAGGCACAUUUUUGUUUGUGGUUUCUAUAAAAUAUAUUUGAAUUUCCAAGACCAUCGAAAAUCAAUGGGAAAAAUGCAUGCUAAUUAAGCAGUCAUUUUUACCGAGCACGCUUUCUAUGGGAGAUUGAAAAGAAGUGCCUAUUAAAGCCGAUAUCCUGCCGAGUCUAAAAUGUUAUAAGAGUAUGCCUUAUGAUAAGCAGUAUUACAACCGCGACCAAGUAAUCCUUCCUAAUCGAAAGCACAUUUCAGAAUUUCAGCCAACAUUUCAUGAGAUAGGUCACUCACUGUAUAAUGGGUUAUGUCCCAACUAGACGGCUACCAAACCCAGGCAAUCGACAGCAUGCAUGAAGAAGAAAAUCGUCUAAUUUUGGUGGGGCGCAGCAGACCGCACAUUCUUUACUUGGAGUGGGGUGAGGAUUACUUGCAUUCCCCAAAUUAUAACCGAGUCUGCACUAGUUUUCUGCAUCACGCAGAGGUGGGCCAAGCUGUUUGGGAGCGCAGCUGGAAUACAACUGCCAUAAACGCUCUUCCUUUGGGCGCAUUUAUUGGCAAGACCAACGACCUGUUUAUGUAGAGCUGUUUUUGGCAGCGACUCACCCGGUGCUCGCACGAAAAGUAGAAUCGCGUGAGUGGUGGGACCUCAGGGAUUGGGUGGACUUAUCAUAAUCGCUAGACCACCUCUGGUGUGAACUCUUUGUGGCCGUGCUUCUUGCUCUGUGAUAAACUCAUUCAAAUUCCUACAAAUAAGAUAUUGCUUUCAGAUAUACUUUGGACACCUAUCACCUAAUAUUUCCCGGUUUCUUUGUAAUGAAGCACGCUUCGGUAGGAGUGGGUGAAUACUAUAUUAGAAUCUGGAACAGAAAUACACAGCAGAAUUUUUUUGGAACCACCACCGUUGAUCCAGUCAUCUUGCUUAUUUGGGUGCUCUUUCUCCUAUAUCAUACUGGCCCCCUAUGAUGAUCUAGUUUAGUAUUUUCUAAAAGGAGUAGUUUUCAAUACUCGGAGGCCCGCGAUGCCUGACAUGGUGUGGAAGAUUUCGGUAGGAGUAGGAGAAUGCUAUAUUAGAAUCUGAAACAGGAGUACACAACAUAAUUCAUUGGAUCCUCCACUGUUGAUGCGGCCCUUUGUUUAUUUAGGCAUUCUUUCUCCUACAUCAUACUGACCUCCUAUUACUUUUUUAAAGGAGUAAUAGUAGCAGGCCCACGUUUCCUGACGUGGCGUGGAAGAUUUCGUUUAGGUGUACCGCGUAGAUGUGGGCCAACUUCGACCAAUGUCGGUUUCUUCUGGCUAAGCGCAACAUGUACCAUUGUGGAGGAGGGGUUGGUGGGUUGAGAUAGCCAUAAGCCAGUCCAACCGCGCAUCUAACCAUUGCCAGAGAACAGUCGUGCUUUCGGCUAGUAUUUCAUGAGAUUACCCACCUACAACAUCCGACUCGCCGCUAUUUUUGCUGUCCUACUUGUAUCGUAAGUAUAUUUUUAAAAAAGUACUGACUUCUCCACGGGGACGCGACGCCAAGGCGCACCCCACCUCAGGCCCACGCCAAGUCACUUGACUCGUCGUGAUUCUUUUCUGUCUGUCUCAUAUAGGGCGCAAGACCACGAAGCCAGGAAACGAAGGAGUGUCAACGCCUGGGUGCGGUUUCUAGUGACUGUUCAAAGAAAGGUCAAAGUCGCAGCCGAUACUUGCGAAAAAGUCCUCAGGAGACACCUUUUGACGGGAAUACGAAUAUAUGGCUAAUAUGUAAGGAGGAACCGAUCAGACAAGGUAAACUAGGAUGCCCAGACAACCUGAAAUCCGAAUCCGGGCCCUUUUGAUCAUUCAGCACUGGGUCUUACAAUCUUUCCCUGGACCACGGAUGCGUCGCCCUAUCAGUUGGCAGAGAGAGAGUACCCGCUGCGUGUCUGGCUUAUAUGCAGCCAGUCGGACGGCGCAGUUUUGGGGGGAAUAGGUGGUUUAUCUGCACGCCCACAGCGCUCCCUGUGGGACUUCUAACAUAUCAGGGCAUCAGCUUUCAAGACCGGAGUUUUGAAUUUUUUAGUAUUUAUUGCAGUAGAUGUGCUAUCGCAUGGGAUGCUAACUGAAAUUCCAUAUAUAUAUUUCCGGUUCGAAAGGAUUACUGAAGUAGAGUUGUUGUAUUUGUCAUCGUGAAGCACACCUUAUAGUACGUAUCCAUUGCCAAAAUUGUAUAAGUCCUAUAGGGUGUCUUCAUAAUAGUAUGUGGGAAGGCGGGACUUUCCUCAAACGGAAUGUAUACAGAUUUAGAUAGUUAACUCUGGACAAAAUGCAACGGAAUAUCGUAAUCAUAAGUAUUCAGGAAUUAAAAUUUUUUAAAACACAGACGUACUGUUUGAUUAAAUAUAGCAUUGCACUGAGGUGUUAUUUGCUACACAAUGAGUACAAGAAAGAAUAUGAUUGAUUUUAUUUUCUAGAAACUACAUUUGAAAUCCUAAGGUCAUGGAAAUUCAAUGGAAAAAUGGCCCGUCGUGCACCUGCUAAUCACCGUUAACCCAUUGCUUCACAUUGUUCCCUUUUUUUCCAUUCACACAGCGUUCAUCAUCAGCCUCUUCCUCAAGGACGAGCAGGUGCGCUGUGUGGGCUUCAGCUCGGCGAUUGCUCGCCUCUGUGACCGCUGUAGGGGCGAGCCAAUCAGCGAGGAGUCCGAGAUGGAGACCCCGCGAAGGUCGGGGUCUACGCGACUGGAGGCAAGGCGAAGGAAGAAGAAGAAGAAGAAGAAAAAGAAGAAGAAGAAGAAGAAGAAGAUGAUGAUGAUGAUGAUGAUGAUGAUGAUGAUGAUGAUGAUGAUGAUGAUGAUGAUGAUGAUGAUGAUGAUGAUGAUGAUGAUGAUGAUGAUGAUGAUGAUGAUGAUGAUGAUGAUGAUGAUGAUGAUGAUGAUGAUGAUGAUGAUGAUGAUGCUGAUGAAGAGGGAGAAACAGCGGUGUUUGGAGGGGGCAGCAGUGUAGCCCUCCAUGUUUUCGCAACAUUUAGCGUCUUCUCAGCCCCAGAGUGUACAGUUAUCACUUUCCUAAAUUUUAUUUGGCACCUGUUUUCCCCUCUUCUCGCGAGGGCGGGAUCGGAUUGCCCAGCUUUGUCGACUGCUUUAUCACUUUUAGACUGGGACGCUUAUUAA